AUGCAGUCUUGGGACGAUCACAUUGACCAUGUGGUGGAAGAGACACCGCUGAUCUCCUUGCGUACUGGUCAUACGAAAGAUCGAGAACACACACAAACCAUGCUCUUACUAUACGCAGCCCUUUUCACGCUCGCUCUGGCGGUGUCCCUCGAUGGCAUGUCCUUCAACCUAUUUCUUAAUUAUGCAUGCAGCGAGUUCCAAGCGCUAUCCAGUGUAGGUACUGUGAUGAUUGUACAGCAACUUGUACGGGCUGUGAGCAAGCCUGUGGUUGCCAAAAUCUCUGAUUGCAUGGGACGCACCACCUCUUUCUCGCUUGUCAUUGCUCUCUACGCUAUGGGAUAUGCUCUCAUGGCCUCUGCAACCCAAUUCUCUCUUCUUCUAGCAGGCGCCAUUGUACAAUCCUUGGGCGCCACCGGCGUCGGCGUGCUCCAAUCUGUCAUUAUUGCUGAUACCUCGUCAGUCCAGUGGCGAGGGUUUUUGAUUGGUUUGGUGAAUUUACCCUUCCUGCUCAACUUUGCGUUGGCCGGACCCUUGGUGGAUUUUGUCAUGCGCACGGGCGGCUGGCGCUUAGGCUUUGCGUUAUGGAUCGUAAUCAUUCCCCUUGCUUCGAUCCCGUUGAUCUUACUGCUCGUCAUAGGCUACCGGCGUGCUCGGCGGCGUGGGUAUGCCACUCGCUCCACUACGCCACUGCGUGCCCAGUCCAUUGUACGUGAUCUUGAUCUCGUCGGUAUGAGCCUGCUGAGUGGAUGCCUCACUCUUAUUCUCAUCCCCGUCUCGUUCCAUGGCUUCUCCAGGCUCACCGAACCAGACCAUCCUGAUCGAGCCAUGAUGCUAGCUGGCUUUGUGUUUCUAGGUGCGUUUUUGUUCUGGGAGCGCUACGCCGAUGCACCGAUCAUUCCCUUGCCUUUGCUUUCCAACUUCACGGUGGCCUCUGUAUGUCUGAUUGCUGCCUUGGACUUUGCCGGGUUUUACUUGUCAUGGACCUACCUUUCGCCCUUCAUCCAAAUCAUCAAGGACUGGGAUCAAGUACGCACAGCAUACUUUGUUACCACACAGAAUGUCAUGUCUACUAUCACCGGCGUUGUUGUGGGAAGUUGCAUGGCCUAUACUCGUCGCUUGAAACGGUACAUGGUCGCUGGCUAUUUCGUGCGCAUGGCUGGUGUUCUUCUAAUGAUCUACUAUCGAUCACCUGUUCACACAGCUGUAGCAAUGCUCACAUGUCAAGUUCUACAGGGCGUUGGCGGUGGCGCGUUGGCAUUAACAAUGCAAGUGGCUGUACAAGUAGCUGUGGACCCUACCAAGGUGGUGGUAGUCACAGCGUUUGAAUUGCUUGUUGUGGAAGUCGGCGCUGCGUUUGGAUCUGCUUUGGCCAGUGCGAUUGUUACUGGAAUGCUACCUAGCGAGCUUUCCCAGGCCUUGCCGAUGCUGCCAUUGGAAGAACUCCAGCACUUGCAGGGUAAUCUGGAUGCUGUUUUGGCGUAUCCACUGGACUCUGAUAUACGUAUUGGCGUAUCAAAGGCAUGGGUGCAAGUCAUGAAGCACUUGUGUUUGGCUUCUGUGCUCGUGCAGCUGCCUGCUAUGGUCUUAUCAUGGUUCGUACCUGAUAUGGACUUGCGCAAUCCUGCCAAUACAGUGACGGUUAUCGAUACCACUGUCUCGAAAGGCUCUCAGCGCUCAUCGCCACCAUGGCGGACCACAUCAUCUUCACGAUCCUCUGGAUCGUCCUCCUCGCUGCAUACUGAUCCAGCGUCACACGUAUAA